AAAUCAGAAUAAUCCCUUUUGUACACUCGUCUUCAAUUUCUCAAAAACGCUCGUUUCCAACCCCUUCACUCGCCACUCACUCCCCAAUUCCUCUAACCGCCCAUUUCCCACCACGUUUUGCUUCGCAAUCUGUGCUCCUAGAGAAGGAUUCUUUCUGUUUUUCAUAUAAAUUCCCUGUUUUCUCAAUUGGGUUGUCUUCUUUAUCUCAUUUCUCUCGCUCUGCAUUCUUUGUUUUCUUGGGAGUUUGAUUUUGUUGCACUAUGGCCUCUGCUGCUACUCUUAGUCCUGCUGAUAGUGAGAAGCUAUCUAAGCUUCAAGCUGCUGUUUCUGGGCUGACCCAGAUAAGUGAGAAUGAGAAAUCUGGAUUUGUCAACCUUGUCUCUCGCUAUCUCAGUGGGGAAGCACAGCAUGUUGAAUGGAGCAAGAUCCAGACACCAACAGACGAAGUAGUGGUUCCUUAUGAUUCCUUGGCACCUCUACCUAAUGAUCCUGCUGAAACCAAGAAACUAUUGGACAAGCUUGUCGUUUUGAAGCUUAAUGGAGGUUUGGGGACGACGAUGGGCUGCACCGGUCCCAAGUCAGUCAUUGAAGUCCGGAAUGGUUUGACAUUUCUCGACUUGAUUGUUAUCCAAAUCGAGAAUCUCAAUUCCAAAUAUGGGUGCAACGUUCCCUUACUUCUUAUGAACUCAUUUAACACUCAUGAAGAUACUCAAAAGAUCAUUGAAAAAUACAAAGGUUCAAAUGUGGAGAUCCAUACUUUCAACCAGAGCCAAUAUCCACGUUUGGUUUCUGAGGACUAUCUUCCACUCCCUAGCAAAGGACGCACCGACAAGGAUGGAUGGUACCCUCCUGGACAUGGUGAUGUUUUCCCAUCCUUGAAAAACAGUGGCAAACUUGAUGCUCUGAUAUCUCAGGGUAAGGAAUAUGUCUUUGUUGCGAACUCCGACAACUUAGGUGCUGUCGUGGACUUACAAAUUUUAAACCAUUUGAUUCACAACAAGAAUGAGUACUGCAUGGAGGUGACACCGAAAACCUUGGCUGAUGUGAAGGGUGGUACUCUUAUUUCUUAUGAAGGGAAGGUUCAGCUACUCGAAAUCGCUCAGGUCCCUGAUGAACACGUAAACGAAUUCAAGUCAAUUGAGAAGUUCAAAAUUUUCAACACUAAUAAUUUGUGGGUGAACUUGCAAGCAAUUAAAAGGCUUGUGGAAGCCAAUGCACUUAAGAUGGAGAUUAUUCCGAAUCCCAAGGAAGUUGAUGGGAUCAAGGUUCUUCAGCUUGAAACAGCAGCUGGUGCAGCAAUCAGGUUCUUUGAUCAUGCCAUCGGUAUUAACGUACCACGAUCGCGUUUUCUUCCCGUCAAGGCAACUUCAGAUUUGCUUCUUGUCCAGUCUGAUCUUUAUACUUUGGUUGAUGGCUCUGUCCUUCGCAACAAAGAUAGAAAAGAUGCUUCCAAUCCUUCUAUUGAACUGGGGCCUGAAUUCAAGAAGGUUGGUAACUUCCUGAGCCGAUUCAAGUCGAUCCCGAGCAUCAUUGAACUCGAUAGCCUUAAAGUGGCUGGUGAUGUUUCAUUCGGGGCUGGUGUCGUUCUCAAGGGAAAAGUGAGUAUCUCGGGUAAACCCGAGGCAAAAUUAGCUGUGCCCGAUAACGCGGUAAUUGAAAACAAGGAAAUCAAUGGAGCAGAAGAUUUCUAAACCUUUGGUUGCCUUCUCAACUCUUUCAGAGCAGAAGCUCUACGGCAUCUUAGUACCUUUUUUUCUCUUUAAUACCAACAAAAUCAUGCAAAUUUGUCUCUAAUCCACACAGUUUGGCAACUCUUCUUUUCGAUAUGAUGAACUUUGUUGGCAUUAAA